AGUACAAUGUUCAGCCGCCCCUCUACUACCAGACAACUUCACUUUCAGAAUCAACAUCGCAGCUCCCGCCGGACUGUCGUCACUUCCGGGAAGUGCAUAUCUCCCGGAAGUGUCGCCGUGCUGUAUCACUACACAUGGCUGGUGGUGGGAGAAUUGCAGACUGUGGGUGUAAAGGGAUCCGAACCUGCCUGUUGUGUGAGUCGGCCAAACGGCAGCUGACCGAGGAGCCACCCAAGACAAAGGCAUUUAUCUACAUCCCAACAAAAGGCAGAGCUCAGGGAGUGAAAAACUCUGAUACAGCUGGCUGGUGGUUCCCAUACCCAGGAGUGUGUUUGAUAGAAGAUUUUGUAACAGAAGAUGAGGAAAAAGAAAUGGUGCACACUAUGGACCAGGAGGAGUGGAGACUCUCACAGUCUGGACGCAGAAAACAAGAUUUUGGUCCAAAGGUGAACUUUAAGAAACAGAAGAUAAAAGUUGACAGUUUCACUGGUCUUCCUAACUUCAGCAAAGUCCUGUGGGAACGCAUGAAGACGCACACUGUGCUAGAAGGGUUUCUGCCUGUUGAGCAGUGUAAUCUGGAUUAUAACUCUGACAGAGGAUCUGCCAUUGAUCCUCACUAUGAUGACUCUUGGCUAUGGGGUGAGAGACUCGUUAGUCUGAAUCUUCUUUCAGAUACAGUGCUUACUAUGACGAUUCCUUGUACGGAAGUGGAAGUCGCUAUAUGUUUACCAAGGAGAUCUUUGGUGGUCUUAUACGGAGAGGCGCGGUAUAGUUGGAAGCAUGCUAUAUACAGACAGCACAUCAAACAGCGCAGAGUUUGCAGCACUUUCAGAGAAUUAUCAGCAGAGUUCAUGGCUGGUGGUGUUCAGGAAAAACUGGGACAGAUGCUGCUAGAGAUAGCCCUUGCUUUCCAGGGAAAAUCAGUUUAAAGAAGAUUAUCAUUAGUGUGUCUAUUUAUU